CUCAGCCAAAAGUCCUUUCCCGGUCGGCCCAACAUGAGGCCUAUUUUGCUUGCGGGCCAUGUGCGUUUCUCCCAAGACUGACUCGAAGAACUUGCUCGCGUCGGCUUCGUCCCUUUGAUAUCAACAGGUCGCUAAUAUUAUUUUUCUUGGCUAUCAUAGGAGCGCUCCCUCAACCAGAUCAAGUUCAACCGCGAUGGCGAUAUGCUCUUCUCCGUGUCCAAAGAUAAAGUUGUGUGCGCUUGGUGGUCAGCCAACGGCGAACGACUUGGAACCUACAACGGACACCAGGGUGCCAUCUGGACAGUCGAUGUCAGCCCUAAUACCAUUCUCCUUGCGACUGGCUCUGCAGACAACACCGUGCGACUAUGGAACGUGAAGACUGGCGACUGCGUCAAAGUUUGGGACUUCCCUACAGCCGUCAAGCGUGUCGAGUUCAACCCUGAUGGAAGCCAGCUGCUGGCCGUGACAGAAAAGCGUAUGGGCUUCUUGGGUACUAUUGCCGUGCUAGAUAUCAACUACGGAGAGGAUUUGUCGGAGCAGGCUGAUGAGCCCAGCCUGAGAAUCACUUGCACAGAGAGCAAAGCCACCGUUGCGGGUUGGAGUUAUAUGAGCAAGUACAUUAUUGCUGGUCACGAAGACGGAAGUGUCAGCCAGUAUGACGGAAAGACCGGUGAGCAGCUCAAGAACGCCCAGGCUCACGAGUUCGACCAUCAGAUCAACGAUCUCCAAUUCUCCCCAGACCGCAUCUACUUCAUCACUGCCUCGAAAGACAAGUCCGCCAAGCUUAUGUCCGCCCGUGACCUCGCUAUCCUCAAGACCUACGUUUCCGACACACCGCUCAAUAGCGCUGCCAUUACUCCUAAGAAGGACUACGUAAUCCUGGGAGGUGGUCAGGCCGCUAUGGAUGUCACCACAACCUCCGCCCGCCAGGGUAAGUUCGAGGCUCGUUUCUAUCACAAGGUCUUCGAGGACGAGAUUGGCCGUGUCAGAGGCCAUUUCGGUCCUCUCAACACCGUUCACGUUCACCCCGCCGGUACUGCCUACGCCUCUGGAGGUGAGGACGGUUACGUUCGAGUUCAUCACUUCGACAAGCCCUACUUCGACUUCAUGUACGAGGUUGAGAGGGAGCAGCUGAGGAGGUGAAGUGCAUGAUGGUUGGAAUGAUCGUAGAAUUUUAUUCCCAAUUUACGCAUCUUUUGUAUGUGUCAUGAAGUGAUGGCAUAUUUCCUUGC